UUGAGAGUAGCCAUUUUGGUUGCGAACAAAGCUGUGUAAAAUCUCUGUAAAGUAGAAUUAUAGUAUUUUUAUCACUCUGAAGAACAUUUUAUUUUUAGGUUACUAUGUUACUGACGUUUCUACAUGCCUACUCAUAGCCAUGGCCGAUCGGAGGAAAUUACAAGGAGAAAUCGAAAGGUGUUUGAAGAAAGUCAGUGAAGGUGUUGAGACAUUUGAAGACAUCUGGCAGAAGGUUCAUAAUGCCACAAAUACAAACCAAAAAGAAAAAUAUGAAGCUGAUCUCAAAAAGGAAAUCAAGAAACUACAAAGGUUACGAGAUCAAAUUAAAACGUGGAUGGCAUCCAGUGAAAUUAAAGAUAAAAGGAUACUCUUAGAAAAUAGGAAAUUAAUUGAAACACAAAUGGAAAGGUUCAAAGUAGUAGAAAGAGAAACAAAAACCAAAGCUUAUUCUAAAGAAGGUCUGGGUGCUGCACAAAAAUUAGAUCCUGCACAAAAGGAAAAAGAUGAAAUUACUAAUUGGUUAGCUGCUUCUAUAGAAGGUUUAAAUAUUCAACUAGAUCAGUUCGAAAGUGAAAUGGAAUCUCUUAGUAUAGCCUUAAAAAAGAAAAAAAAUGAUAAAGAGAAAUUAGACAGGACAGAAGAACUUAAAGGGUGGUUAGAAAAACAUAGGUAUCAUAUAAAACAACUAGAAACGCUGAUGAGGAUGCUUGACAAUAGUACUGUUGACGUUGAUCAGAUUAAAAAAAUAAAAGAUGAUGUUGAGUAUUACAUCGAAAGUUCUCAGGAUCCUGAUUUUGAGGAAAAUGAGUUUAUAUAUGAAGAUCUUGAGUUAGAAGAUAUGCAGGAAUUUCUUUCAAAAGCAAGGCUCUGUAGUGAUGAUGAAAGUUCUCAACGAUCUAAUUCGCCAACGUCUACAAAUUCCAGUUCUCCAGCUCCUAGUCCAGGUUUAACAAAUCAUUCCAAGUCAAAUAAUGAAGAAAUUUCCACUCCUCCUAUAAAACCUGUUGCAGUUAGGGCACAAUCAUCAGGAUCUCUGUUAAGUACAGUACAAAAUAAUAAAGGAGCUCUUCCAUGUGUGUCAAGAAAUAACAGUAAUUCAUCUGAAAGCAGUGUAAGUAGCUCACCUCCGUUAAAUCAUCACAAUAGCCAUUUUGUUAUGUCUCCUGCUCCUCCAACUACUCCAUAUGCUAUUGCAGCGGCUGGAAAUUCGUCCUCUACAAAAGAGGAAACCUUUCUUACAGCUCAUAAUUCUUCCGAAAGUAACAACAGUAGCAAACCUUUGACAAACUGUGUUGAUUCUCCUCCUACAAAUAACAGUUCGGAAAGUAAUCCAAAUCAUAUGGACAUAAAUUCAUCUUCUGCGACGAAUAUGUUUACAACAGCCAUCCUAGAUCAAAUUUCUGGAUCAGGAUUUUCUCAGCAUCAACAGUCACAACAGCAGCAGCAACAACAGCUUCAAAAUUUUUCUUCGAGUUCCAUUUCGUUGAACAGUAGCGUCCAUUACUCUAACUCUUCAUCUUCUUGUAUGGACAGUGUGAUCAAGCCCCCUUCAGCGGCCGGUGUGACUACGUCCGCUGUCACAUGUUCCUCUGCGGCCAAUAGUGCAUUGUAUAGUGCAGCAGCUGCUACGGGUUCUUCUACUGGACGUAAUAGUUCAGUACAGCCUCAGAACAGUCCCCCAAGCUCUUCUUGUAAUGUGAUAGGAAGUAAUGUGUCACAGUCAACAGUUAACUGUUUUCUCAUGAAUGGACCCGUAUCACCAAAAGUAUCAAGUCAAAUAUACAACUUACCAUCUCUAACAGGAGUGAGUGAUGAACCUAUGUCUUCAUUAAAGUCAAUGGCUGAGCAAGCUGUCUUAAAUGCAGGCUUAGAAACACAUCUUCCUGCAUCUCCUUCACCAUCUUCUACAGAAAGAGAAGCCCAUAUUCUACCUUUACUAGGUGUAGCUCCACUUGGUCCAGUACCUCUUAGUAAAGAAUGUUAUCAGCAAAUUCGAAUCCUGGAUGCUGCUCAACGACACAUGCCUCACCCUUCAGAUUCAGAAAGGUUAAGGCAGUACCUUCCUCGUAAUCCGUUCCCAACACCAUCGUAUUACCCUCAAGGCUUGUCGCAUUGUGACACUGUGGAAUUCUUCCAGCGACUGUCCACGGAAACCUUGUUUUUCAUUUUUUAUUAUAUGGAGGGAACAAAAGCACAAUAUUUAGCAGCUAAAGCAUUAAAGAAGCAAUCUUGGAGGUUUCACACAAAGUAUAUGAUGUGGUUUCAGAGGCACGAAGAACCAAAAACAAUCACAGAUGAAUAUGAACAGGGCACAUAUAUUUAUUUUGAUUAUGAAAAAUGGGGCCAAAGGAAAAAGGAAGGAUUUACAUUCGAAUACCGGUACCUGGAAGAUCGUGACUUGAACUGAUGAGUGAUUUAAGUACUCAUUUUAAAGUUCAUUUGUCCCAUCUUGGUGAAUUCUUCAAAGAACAGGAAGGAUGUGCUUUCUGAGUGUUCAACACUCCAGCCUGAAGAAAGCAUGGCAGUGUAUCUGUUGUUAAUGCACUGGUCUUUCAACUGCCUUUGUGUCCUCACUGCCAGUCACAGCAGAACAACUGGUCAUGCUUUCUCAUUUGUUUUUUUGUUGUUUUAAUCUUGUAUUGUUCAAAGAUGUGUAAAUGGGUUGAAAACUUCAGCGUAGAAACCUCUAAUUAAUACUCAACCAUGGGUUAUGUAAGGCCUGAUAUAUACAAGCAACUAGGCAUUUUUCACAUCUAUGUGUUUAUUUAUUUGUUUGUAAAAUAAUAUUUUAACAGUAAUUUAAGUGUAUUCAAAUAAUUUAUGUAAUGACACUGGUUACCUUUUUUAUAUUAAACAUAAUAUGUAUGGAUAAAAUUGUGAAUAUAUUUUUUGGAUGUAAUCUGCAUAAAAGUAUUAAGAGAAUUUGAUUUAGCAUAUACAAUAAACUUAAUUUAUUGUUCUUCCUAAAUAUGUUCUUAUUAAAAAUUAUGUGUUAGAAUUAAUACAUUUUAUAUAAAAGUUAAUAAAGCAUGAUUUUUCUGUAUAUUUUUAGUAUAAAUGUUCAGUAUUCGUGUUCUUGAUCAGGGGAAACAUUAUUGUAGUAUAUUUGUCUUUACAACAAAUAUGACUGGUGUAUCCCCAAGAUAUAAAACACACUAGUACUGCACUGCUACUUAACCACUGUAUAUUUCUUGCAAUAUACGUUACUUAAAAAGAAAAGUAUAGUUUCUUCUGUUUCCUAAGCAGUUAAUUGCUUUUAAUUGUGAUGCACUAUUUCCAUAUAUAUGAUGUCAAUAUAAAAAAUAAAUUGUAUUGGAUGCUGCUAUAAAAAAAAUAUAACUGUCUAAAAUUUUAAAAUUAUUUACAUUUUGUUUUUCUCCUUUUUAAGGCAAGCCUUUGUUAUAUUACUCUUUCUCUCAUGUCACUGGUGUAGAGAGCACUGAUCAUGUGAUAAAUUUUGUUAAGUCUACCUGUAUCAGUGAUGUGAGAGUCACUGCAUUUAUAUAAAUAUUUAAAGUUAAAUUUCCAGAAAUUGCUUGCUGUUGCUUUUAAUGUCUUUUCACAUCCAUUAUUCUAUAUUUAUAUUUGUUAAAUAAACCGGAGUUACUUAGAUGGUUUUAGUGGUAUUUUUCCUGAUUUUAAAUGAACUUCAGGUGCUUAUGUUUUAUUUUUGCUGGUGCUAAAUAUUUUUAAAUAGUUCAGUAUAUUAUUUACAAUAUGUAUUUUAUGUAUAUAUGUGAAUAGUACAAAAUUCAGCUUUAAUAAUACAUAGUAUUCAAAAUUUUACAUUUUCAUAAUUAUAUUAAUAAAUAAAUAACUUGUAAUUUUUGUGUACUUAGUAGUUGUUCCGGAGAAUUUUAUUCAUUUGAGUUAAAUUUUUCGUGUACGGAAAAUAGUCAAUGAACCACCAAGGAAUAGUUCUGCAAUAUGUUGCUUGUAUGUAUCAGAUAUUGAUCUUAGCAUCGAAUGGUUUUUGCCAUUUUUCAUGUCCCUGAUUAAAGAACUGUUAGAAUGUGUCAGGGAUUUUAUUGUUUUGGCAUAAUGUUUGUACAGAUAUCAUUUGUACAACAUGCCACAUAAUAUUUAAGGUAUAAGACUGGGCAGAAAAAAAAAUUUAAAAAAAUACUGUCUGCCUUGUGUAAGUUAUAAAUAUUUGUAUUAUUUUGUAACUAUUGGCAGUCAGAAAGGUGGUAAAAAAACAUUUUGCCUUUUAAUUCAGCUAUAGGGAUGUAUGGCCACAAUUAAUUGUGAUUCUCAUUGUAAAUAACUUUUCCGAGAGAAAUGGAGAAAUGUAGGUUUAUAAAUCUUAGAACUGUUAGUCAUUAUGAUUGUUUUUCUUUUCAUAUUGUUUUUAGUUAUUUAAUCACAAACCUGGUUAAGGCAUGUUUACUUACAUUUCACUUUACCCCUGCUGGGCAGAGUGUAAUGAUCUGUGAGUGUAAGCAAAUGAGCUAUUAGCAUAUCCUUAUAGAGAAACUUUUAUAUUACAAAUAUUUAUGAUUCCUUUUGUUAUUUUUAGAAACACUCAUAACUGCACAUAAGGUUUUGCAUAAAAUUAUUAAAUUUUACCUAUUUUGCAUUAUUUUAAUUAUAAAUAUCUGUUUAUAAUAAGACCAAAAAUAUAGUUCCAUGAUUAUUAUUUCACCCAUUGGUAUGUAAUGACAGAUACUCUAGCCUGUGAUAAAUGUAGUGUAUUAUUCUACUAUUAGAGUGCUAUUAUUUAUUAUGUCAGUAACCCACAUUUCUUUAAUGUAAUUUGUAAAAUAUACACAAAAAGGGGAGUCUCUUUUUUUUUUUUUUUUUUUUUU